AUGCGGCCUUCCGGAUCAUUUCAUGGAAAUACGCAAACACUGUUAUACACACCUGUUCAAGAUAAGUACUCCUUCUUGAUAGAGGAUGAUAAGCUUCGAGUUGGCGCUAGCAGUAUGCAGGGAUGGCGAAGCACCAUGGAAGAUGCUCACACCAUUCAUCUUUCUUUACCAAGAUUGCCAUCUCACAUAGCAUCUGAAGAUGCAGCGAUAGCUGCGGUUUUUGAUGGACAUUGUGGGAGUAAAACUUCUCAAACCUCUGCUAUUCACAUCAUGGAAUGGAUUACAUCCACGGAAGCAUUCAGUCAGGGAAACAUGGAAAAGGCCAUUUGUGAAGGUUUUCUUACAGGUGAUUCAGUUAUGCAUAAAACUUUUCCAACUGAAGCGAGUGGAAGUACGGGUAACUGUGUGUUAAUAGUUCAAAACCACCUUUACUGCGGGAAUGUUGGUGACUCCCGUGCGGUCUUAUGUAGGGAUGGGGUUGCUAUUCCAUUAAGUGAAGAUCAUAAACCGAAUUUGCAAAGAGAAAAGGAGCGUAUCUUGAAGGCAAAAGGCUUCAUUCGUAAUGGCCGUGUCAAUGGUAUCUUAUCUUUAAGUCGUGCCCUUGGUGACUUUAGCUUUAAAGAUAGUGAUUUGUCUCCUGCGGAGCAGGCGGUAACUGCAAAACCAGAUGUAGUGCAUAUGGAGCUGACUCCGCAAGAUGAGUUUGUCAUCAUUGCCUGUGAUGGUAUAUGGGACAUGGUAUCCAAUGAAAGGGCUGUUGAAAUUGUUCGAAGUGAAGUGGCAGAUCACAGUGACCUUUCAUUGGCAUGUGAGAGGCUUAUGGAAGCCUGCUUGUCGAGAGUAUCGACUGGCGGUGGAACCGAUAACAUGACCGUUAUUAUUCUACAGUUCAAGAGUUUUUUCUUGAAGAAGGUAGAGUGUAAAUUUGGGGCGAUCUCUCCUAAGCCGUCAGAGUGA